AUGUCAGCGUUUAAAUUGGAAACUACAAAAAAAUCCAAAGAAAAAAAAUACAAUGAAGUAAUUAAAGGUAAAGAAGAAAUGAAAUCAUACAGCGGCUUAAAAUUAAUAUCCUCAACAAAAGUUUUUGAAAAAUUUCUAGAUAUUUGUUAUUGCACUGACAGCAAAGAAUUUCUUGUACUCGAUGACGGUUUAAAAAUUCACAGAUAUUUAUUAGACGGACAAGUAAUCCAUCCUUCAUUUAUUCUGAGCCCUAGUAUGUUAUUUUCGAAAAUAAUUUGGUGUGAAAGUAUUAAAUUAUUUGCAUGCUAUGCUCCUCAUUAUGAAACUAUUUGGCUCCUGGAUCAAAAAUUUAAAUCAAUACAAACAAUAAGAAAUGAAUCUAAAAUUGAAAAUUUAAUUUUUUCUUAUGAUCAAUUUAUUGUCAUCGGUCUUAUCAAUGUCACUAGAUAUUUAAAAAAUAAAUUUAAAUUAACUUUCGAGUGUGAUCCAAAAAUAAAUAUGAUGGAUGAUAACUACGGAUCUGUAUGGUCAAUACAAUGCUCCUCAUUAAUAACAAUUGAUAUAUAUUCACCAUUAAAAUUAGCGGGAUCUUAUUUAACGACAAUAUAUAUUAUACCAUUGAACCCAGACGAAGAUGAAGACACAAGUCUUCCAGUUAAGUUUUUAUCAAAAAAAAUAAACGCUUCCGCAUCGGCAAUUACAGCUCUUUAUUAUCAACCUGCAAGUAAAUGGAUCAUUACCGGUGAUCAAUUAGGCAAUGUUUCAGCAUGGACAAUAAAUUUAGACAAAGUAUUUAGUUACUUAGCCGGCCAUAAAGGUGCAGUGAAGACAAUUAUCUCUCAUCCUUCAAUUUGUGGUUUCAUUACCACGUCCACAGACAAUAUUCUUCAAGUAUGGAGCUGUAAUUUUAAAGAUAAAUCUGAGUCUUUUUCAAAUCUUGGAGCAAUAACUUCAAUGGCAAUUAAUGAAUCAUCAUCACUAGUAACUCUAGGAACAAAAUUAACUUUUUUUUACACGCACCAGCUUUAUUUAUUUUACUCUCCACUUACUGCGAAACCAAAUAUUUUAUUGUCAACCCAAAAUCUAAUCCAUCCAAUUCGUAUUGUCGUCAGUAAUAAUUAUGAUCAUACAAUAAGUAUUUUAUCUUCUGCUACUGGAAAACAAAUAAAUGUUAUUGUUCUUCCAUCUAAUGUUGAUCCUAUAUCUAUUUCUUACAGCUCUGUCACCACUGACAUUUAUAUCGUCCCAAUGAAAAUACAAAAUAUUAUCAUUUUAAAUUCUAAAAUAUUUCCAAUGAAGAUCAAAAAUUCAUGGACAAGCGAAAAAAGAAUAACAACUGUCGUAGUAUACGAUCAUUAUCAACGAAUUGAAUAUAAUCGAAAGUUUUAUCCAGCUGCAAAUUCUAAUUGUAUGCGAGUAAUUGCUGGAACAGAUACAGGGGAGCUGAUAUCUAUUGAAGAAUCAACUGGAAAAUUCCAACAAAUCAUAGAAGUUCUUUAUAGUUUUAUAUUAUAA